AUGCCCCUUCUGGACCCCCGCUCAGGACCUUCCUAUGGCGCAUUUGACACAAUGGAGCAACAACGGGAGGAUGAGGAGGAGAGAGACCGGCUUCUUCGUGAUGCACAACAUGAAACCGAGGGCUUUGAUGACGAUAACACCUCGUUGGAAGAUCUCCAAGACGGUGUGCGGAAGAUCGAGGCCAUCAACAUCACCUGGACGACGCGUUCUCUGGUGAUUGCCUAUAUCAGUAUCUUCCUGAUGGCUUUCUGCACAUCGCUGGAGGGUCAGACUACUAUGUCCCUCUCGGCCUAUGCCACCAGUGCAUUCAGUAAACACUCGUUGAUUUCCACCGUCCUGGUCGUCCAAAAUGUUGUCAACGCCGUGAUCAAACCCCCAAUGGCCAAGAUUGCAGACGUCUUUGGUCGCUUCGAAGCGUUUUGUCUCGCCAUCGCAAUCUACAUUCUCGGAUACAUCCAGAUGGCUGCCUCGUCGAACGUGCAGAUGUACGCGUCGGCUCAGAUCUUCUACUCGGCCGGAUCAACCGGCCUACAAAUCCUCCAGCAGGUGUUUAUCGCCGACAGUAGCGAUCUGCUGAACCGAGCGCUCCUCGCUCUACUACCAGAACUUCCUUUCCUCGUCACCGUAUGGAUCGGCCCAACGAUCGCAGAUUUGGUGCUCAAAAACCUCUCCUGGCGCUGGGGUUACGGAAUAUGGACGAUUAUUUUGCCGGCAUCCUUCCUCCCGCUGGCCUUCUCGUUGAUGCUGAAUCAGAGGAAGGCCCGGCGUUUGAAUCUGCUCAAGACCCGCUCCCACAAGCACCGUAGCUGGAUGGAGACCAUUCGUCGCACCUGGUACGACCUGGACAUGUUUGGCUUGCUGCUUUUGUCGGCCGCAGUGACGUUGAUGCUGGUCCCCUUGACCCUGGCAGCGAAUGUCAAAAACGGGUGGAAGAACGGAAGUAUUGUUUCCAUGAUGGUCAUCGGCGUGCUCUGCCUCCUUGUCUUACCGCUGUGGGAGACCUCGAAGAAGCUGGCCCCGAAGCCUCUUCUGUCUCUGCAUCUCCUUAAGCAACGAACGGCGCUGGCGGGCUGCGCCUUUGCCUUCUUCUACUUCAUGGCCUUCUAUUUCUCCGUCCAGCCAUACCUCUAUUCAUACCUCCAGGUCGUGCUGGAUUACGAUGUGGCCACCGCCGGCCGGGUCACUCAGACAUUUGCCUUUACCUCAACGAUCGCCGCGUUCAUCGUGUCGAUCUUGAUCAAAUACACUCGGCGCUACCGCAUGUUCGUGACUGGCGGCUGCGUCGUCUACAUCUCCGGGUUGCUCCUGAUGAUGCUCUAUCGGCAAGAAGGAAGUUCGAUCGUACAAAUCCUAGGCACGCAGGUGAUUGUUGGCUUUGGGGGUGGACUGGUCAACGUGCCCGUGCAACUCGGAGUACAGGCAUCGGCCAAGCACCAGGAAGUGGCAGCCGCGACGGCCAUGUUCCUCACGUCACUGGAGAUGGGAGGUGCCGUCGGGGCGGCCAUUUCCGGAGCGGUCUGGACGCAUCUCAUCCCGACGAAGCUGCAGCAGUAUCUGCCCGAGGAAAGCAAAGACGAGGCGAAGGCGAUCUUUGGCAAGCUGACCAAGGCGCUCUCGUACCCGAUGGGAUCCCCGACACGGAUAGCCAUCAACCGAGCGUACCAAGAGACGAUGAAUAAACUGCUCAUUCUCGCCGUUGUGGCGACCAUCCCAUUGAUUCCGCUGAGUCUGCUGAUGACAAACUACGAGCUGGACAAGAUGCCUCAUAAUAAUAAUAAUAACCGUGAUCAAAAUGAUCACCAUGAGAUCCCUAAUAACGACGACGACGACCAACCUCAUUCAAAGCGAACUUGA